CCCCGCCUUUGUGCUCUAAUACAUGACACCCCGUACGAACUACUAUAUUAGAAGUACCUUAUCGUUAAUAAGGGGUGCGCUCCAUACCGCCAAAACGCCAAAACGCCAACUCUACAGCAGUCAGACAGUUAGACAGUUAGACAAGACCCCUCCAUAAAUUCUAUAACCCCUAAAAGUCACUCACCUUUGUCGUAUCAGCCGCCUGUUGUACGCUAAAGAUUGAAUUUAUUGCUGCGCCGAAACCACCCCCCCCUUCUCAAACCCCCCGGCUUGUCCGCGCAGAAGCCCAUGAACCAAAACAUUGACCUGGUCAACUUCAGAUCUUUGACCUUUUCUAAUUGAUUGAUGAUCAACCCGACUCAAAAAAAACCCGUCCUAGGUAGAAAUUCGACAUCAUUGCUUCUUCCUCAGCCACCUUUUUUGAUUCCUUCUUUCUUCCCCCCUUUUUUUUUUUAUUACUUUUUACUUUUAACCUUUUCCUAUCUGCCAAUCUUUGAUCUCCAUCAAUUAUUAUUGACCUGUAUCGCAACGCCGAUAAGGAAACGCCUCUCCCCUUCGAUACCUAAAUAACUUAUCUCCUCUUUUACAACUUGUCGUGUCUCCGACCCUUUUAUUGCGCGACCUUCACCGACUUCCUCCUAUUCCUCCUACUUGACGCCUAUCCUACAAGCCUGUCAUAGGGGAACUGUUGGAAAAUGUCGUGGAAGCUCACCAAGAAGUUAAAGGAUACCCAUCUAGGGCCCCUUGCGAACACUUUCUCCCGAAAUCCUUCCACGUCAACAAUCACGGAAAAGGAUGAAAAGAGUCCUAUCCCAACAUCUGCUACUCCUACUCCCAGUGACAAUGCCAUCGCUGCCUCGGAACACUUGGUACAAGAACCUGUCGUAAAACCUCCGAAACCCGGUAUUCUCGUCGUAACUCUCCACGAGGGUCAGAAUUUCGCUCUUCCCGAACAGCAUCGAAACGCAUUUUCGCAGCAUGGCCAGGGCUCCAUGUCGACAGGGAAUGCCCUUAGCUCUAGUUCCGUGCGACCAGGGUCUUCUCAACGAGCCGUAGCAGGUUCUUACACGAAUGGCAGACCCCAAACAUCAGCGGGGGGUUUCACUGGCAUACCUUCUAACCACGGUCGGAUCUCUAGCAAAUAUCUGCCGUACGCAUUGUUGGAUUUUGAUAAGGUCCAGGUUUUUGUCAACUCGGUCUCCGGUAACCCGGAAAACCCCUUGUGGGCUGGUGAUAACACCCAGUACAAGUUUGAUGUGUCUCGAGUGACGGAGUUAAAUGUACACUUAUAUAUGCGUAAUCCUACCGCGCCGCCGGGGUCCGGUCGAAGUCAAGAUAUCUUCCUAGGAGUCGUCCGAAUCAAUCCUAGGUUUGAGGAAAAGCGAACCUUCGUCGAGGAUCCCAAAGCCAGUAAGAAGGAUCGCGAGAAGGCCGCGGCCGAGUUCCAUAACCGAGAACGCGAGCUUGGACACACUGGCGUUGAUUGGGUCGACGUGCAGUAUGGCUCUGGUAGACUCAAGAUCGGUGUGGAAUAUGUUGAGAACCGGGCGGGCAAGCUUAAGAUCGAAGACUUCGAGCUACUCAAGGUGGUUGGUAAGGGUAGUUUUGGUAAGGUCAUGCAGGUCCGCAAGAAGGAUACCAGCCGAAUCUACGCGCUCAAGACGAUUCGUAAAGCCCACAUCAUCUCGAGAUCCGAAGUCGCCCACACUCUAGCCGAGAGAUCUGUGCUGGCACAGAUUAACAAUCCCUUCAUCGUGCCCCUUAAGUUUACCUUCCAAUCCCCCGAGAAGCUUUACUUCGUACUAGCUUUCGUCAAUGGUGGAGAGCUGUUCCAUCAUCUUCAGAAGGAGCAGAGAUUCGACGUCAACCGGGCACGAUUCUACACAGCCGAGCUACUCUGCGCCCUAGAGUGUUUGCACGGAUUCAAUGUUAUCUACCGAGAUUUGAAGCCCGAGAACAUCCUACUUGAUUACCAAGGUCACAUCGCGCUUUGCGAUUUCGGUCUUUGUAAGCUAGAUAUGAAGGACGAAGACAGGACUAACACGUUCUGCGGCACCCCCGAAUACUUGGCGCCGGAGCUUCUUAUGGGCAAGGGAUACAACAAGACAGUGGAUUGGUGGACUCUAGGAGUUCUCCUCUACGAAAUGCUUACGGGUCUCCCGCCAUUUUACGACGAAAAUACUAAUGAGAUGUACCGCAAGAUUUUGUCGGAGCCCCUACAUUUCCCUAGUGCAGACAUUGUGCCUCCUGCGGCCAAGGACCUUCUCUCUAAGCUCCUCAACCGCAACCCGGAGGAGCGAUUAGGAGCUGCAGGCAGCGCCGAGAUUAAGGCCCAUCCUUUCUUCCACGCCAUCGACUGGCGCAAGCUGUUACAGCGCAAAUAUGAACCCACGUUCAAGCCCAGCGUUGCCGAUGCUCUUGACACAAAGAACUUCGAUCCCGAAUUUACUUCGGAAGCUCCGCAAGACUCGUAUGUCGACGGGCCAGUAUUGUCGGAGACGAUGCAAAACCAGUUUGCGGGUUUCAGCUACAACCGACCGAUCGCGGGACUGGGCGAUGCCGGCGGCAGCGUUAAGGACCCGUCGUUCGUUGGCAGUAUCCAAGACAGGCGAUAAGCACGCGAUUGUCUUUUAUCGGAUACACAUCUAGGCCAUGGCGAUAUAACAACAUACGCCCGAGUUCAUGGGUGGGAGAUUGACUAACAAGAUGGAAAUAGGUAGAGCACAAGUCGGCGUAGUUUGUAACUGGAAACACUGGAUGUGACAUACACAUGUGGUGAUGGUGUCCUGCGUUGUGUUGCUGUUGCUGUUGCUGUUGCUGUUGCGAUAUAUUACCGGAUUCUGGACCAGCCUAGAAGCACUUUCAUAUGGAGUUUGGCAUGAGUUAUUGACGAUGCCUCCGAGUUUGCACUUUCUGGGAUCUCAAAAGGAGAACAACUCUGUAGAUAGACGAGAUUGAGGCCGAGGAAAAGACGCCCAUUGCCAAUACCUUGUCGUAUUAUUUAUUGCCCGGUCCUGUGAGAUAAGUCCUAUGUCGUUUGUAAGGUCUUUGCAGCUAUUGCUAGAGAAUGGCCGGAUCCUUUAUUUUUACCCGAAGCUUACUAUUACUCUCGAUUGUAAGAUCGGCUUGCUCUCUUAUUGCCGCAAUUGUUGGUACGUGUAAGAGAACUAAUUGUAGGUAUUUACCUACGUAUAGGAACUAUGGAAGUAGAUACAAUUCCUUGUCGGGGUUAACCGACACCUAGGUAACAGCUACGUAUGUAGUAUAUAAGAGGUAGCAAGCUAGGUAGCAAGCAAGA